AUGCGGGAAUUCUCCGGGACAAUCCUUGAUAUCGCAGGGCGUGCUUUGCGGAAGAGGGAAGCAACUGAACAGGGCGGUUUGUUGAGUGGCCAGGAUCCGACUGCCAUCAAUCUUAAUGAUCCUUUGCGACUCUGGAUCGUACAAGUCGGUGUUAUCGUUCUCACCACACAAAUACUCGCCUUGGGCUUGCGGAAGAUCAGACAGCCCAAGGUCAUUGCCGAAGUCAUUGGCGGCAUUCUCUUAGGUCCUACUGCAUUCGGCCGUGUCCCCGGCUUCACGCAGCAUAUAUUCCCACAAGACUCCCGCCCCUUCCUCUCCCUUGUGGCUAACAUCGGCCUCUGUCUGUUCCUGUUCCUCGUUGGGCUAGAGAUCGACGCUGCUAUCAUUAAACGCAAUGCCCGGCUUUCCGUCACGGUGGCCAUGGCUGGCAUGUGCUUACCCUUCGGGUUCGGAGCUGCUCUUGCAGUACCCCUCUACAACACGUUCAUCGACCAUAGCGUCAAGUUCACGAACUUCAUGCUCUUCACCGGCGUCGCCUACUCGAUCACUGCCUUUCCCGUACUGUGCCGUAUCCUCACGGAGCUGAAACUACUCGAUACCACCGUCGGCAUCGUCGUCCUCUCUGCCGGCGUCGGUAACGACAUCAUUGGAUGGACGCUCCUCGCUCUCAGUGUGGCACUCGUCAAUGCUGGGUCCGGCUUGAUGGCGCUUUGGAUCCUCAUGGUCUGUGUCGGCUGGACGCUGUUCCUGCUCUUCGUCGUGAAGCGCGCCCUCCUCUGGCUCGCGCGUCGCACGGGCUCAACCCGUGAUGGCCCCACCAUGUUCUUCAUGACUGUAACGAUGCUCCUUCUGUUCGGCUCUGCGUUUUUCACCGACAUCAUCGGGGUCCAUGCGAUCUUCGGUGCGUUCCUUGCCGGAAUCAUUGUUCCGCGUGAGGGAGGCCUCGCUAUCGCUCUAACCGAGAAGCUGGAGGACAUGGUGUCUAUCAUCUUCUUGCCCCUAUACUUCACGAUUUCCGGACUAUCCACGGACUUGGGCUUGCUCGAUAACGGCAUAACUUGGGGCUACACGGUCGCGAUCUGCUCGCUGGCCUAUAUCGGCAAGUUCGGAGGAUGUACCCUUGCGUCACGCUGGGCAGGCUUCUCCUGGCGCGAGGCCAGCACCAUUGGUUCGCUGAUGAGUUGCAAAGGCCUGGUAGAGCUCAUCGUGCUCAAUGUCGGCCUCUCUGCCGGUAUCCUGUCCCCGCGCGUGUUCUCUAUGUUCGUGCUCGAAGCGCUGCUUCUCACGUUCAUGACCACGCCGGCCGUCGAGUUCUUGUAUCCCCCGCACAUGCGCGUGCGCGCCACCGCCACGGGAGCUCCGUACGCCACGGCCACCGACGGCCCGCAAGGGACUGAAGGCGCAGUGCAACGCUCAGAAGGCUUCAACCAAGCCCGCGAUGAGGAUGGUUCCCAUCGGUCACGCUUCACGGUGGUGCUGGACAAGAUCGAGCAUCUGCCGGGAAUGAUGGCACUCACGCAGCUCAUCCUGCCGCCUCCCCCACCUUACGCGCAAAGAGCUGCCACAGCCAGCAGUACUCUGGAGGGAAGCUCGGCCAUGCUCAAGACGGACUUGUCUACCUCGCCGCCACCAUCCACCGCUGAGGUCAACAUCGAUGCUAUCCGCCUGAUCGAGCUCUCGGACCGUACUUCGGCCGUCAUGAAGGGCUCCAACACGGAACACUUGCUCACUACAGACCCCCUCUUGGACAUUUUCACCACAUUCGGCGCGCUGCACGGCGUCCCCGUCAGCAAUUCCCUCGCAAUCGUCACGUUCGACGACCUCGGCUCGAGCGUCGCGGAGCACGCCAAGCGGAACGAGUCCCAGCUCAUUCUCGUGCCCUGGCUCCCGCCACACUACUCCAUGGACGCCCCGUCCUCUCAGGGCCCGGGCGCGACGUCGCCUGGGGACACCUCAAACGCAGUCACCCCGCGCGCCGGGCACAUGCCGAACCCGUUCGAGGCGCUCUUCCGCGCGACCUCCCCGGGGCAAGACCACACGGACGUCUCCGCGCUCCACUCGCAGUUUGUGCGCAGCCUGUUUGCCGCUACGCAUACGGACGUUGCGCUCUUCGUCGACAGGCACAUGCCUGGUGGCCACAAGCUCACGCAUGCGGGCACGUACCAUCUGUUCGUGCCCUUCUUCGGUGGUCCCGACGACCGCCUCGCGCUCGAGUUCGCGGUGCAGCUGUGCGCGAACCCGAAGAUCAGUGCGACUGUGGUACGCGUGACGAAGCGUGAGGACGAGCCUGAGCAGAGUGGAGAGAACGAGAAGCAGCAAAUCAUGGCUGACGAGCCGACGAUUCACCACAACACGAUGUUCCCGGACACCGUCUACGCGAACGCGACGACGCAGACGCGCCUCCAAUCCGAGACGGCCGACAACAUCGCCUGGUCGCGCUACACGCACGCCUCCGCGUCCGCAGACCCCGCGCUCGCCCCCGCGCUCUCGCGCAUGGACUUCAGCGACGUCGGCACGCCCGAGCCGCUGCGGUACACCAUCAAGCAGGCGCUCGGCAUGUCGCGUUCUGUCGUGGACGAGCGCGGCCGGCUGCUCAUCCUCGCAGGACGCUCGCGCCGGCUUGCCGUGGAGAACCACCACGCAGAGCUCAAGAGCGUCAUGGAGGAGCACGGCGGGCUCGCGAACGAGGUGAAGCGGACCGUCGGGGACGUCGCGACCGCGCUCGUGGUGUCGGGCUGCCAGGCCAGCCUCAUCGUCUUCCAGGCGAGUGCUUCUGCCGACCGCGACUGA